AUGACCGAAAACCACAGCAUUUCCCGAGACGGGAGUCAGGAUGAGGCUCAAACCAACACGACCCUCCAGCUUGAGAUCAUCUACCUCGACUUGAAUUUUGACUCCGACCUACCUCAACCAUCACCUUACAGCAGGCCCGACAUCCCACCCCCAAAUCUAUCGAAAUUGACCUCGCCUUACGACUGGUCCCCAGCACAAAAGUCAGUAGUGCUCGCGGUAUCCUGCACCUCGACAUGUUUUGCUUCAUUUGCCGCGAGUUGCUACAGUCCCGGGGUCGAGCAGAUGGCAUCAGAGUGGAACAUCGGUGAAGUCGCUUGUCUCGUGGGUAUCACUACGUUUUGCUGCGGCUUCGCGGUUGGACCCAUGUUCCUAGCUCCCUUCUCCGAAAUCACUGGAAGAAAGCCUGUGUUCGUGGCUACUGCGAUCCUGCUUGCUAUUUGUCAGCUUUGCUGCGCCGUCACCAGGCUAUAUUCGGGGAUGCUUGUUGCCCGCCUUUUCGCUGGAGUGGGCGGCUCGACUUUCUCUACGAUGGUCGGAGGCAUUAUCGCUGACAUUUGCAUGCCGAAGAAUCGGAAUAUGCCCAUGGCCUUGUUUUCUGUUGCUGCGAUCUUUGGGACGGGACUGGGUCCGCUGGUGUGUGGGUUCAUCGCGGAGUACACGACCUGGAGGUGGAUCUUCUAUAUUCAAAUCAUCAUUGCUGGAAUGAUUACCCUAGCUGUGAUCUUCCUAUUCAGAGAAACUCGCGGCCUGGUCAUCCUUCGCGCCAAAGCAAAGAAACUGAAUGAAUGGUAUGAUGCCCUUGAAGCCAGCGGGUGCUACGGAGUUCGAUUUCCCACCGAGGAGAAAUCAGUCAGAAUCCGAUGGAGGAUUGCUGGAGAUGAGGAGCGAGCCGGUCUUUCGGAAAUGUUAUGGACAUCAACGACGCGUCCGUUUCAUCUGUUAUUCACCGAACCCGUCGUCUUCUUCUUCUCGCUGUGGGCCGCGUUUAGCUGGUCUGUCCUAUACAUCAACCUGUCGGUGAUCCCCCUGAUAUUCCAAGAGCACUAUGGCUUUAGUCUGUCAGAGUCAGACUCUGUCUUCACUGCUACAUGCGUGGGAAGCUUACUCGCGAUGACCAUAUCUAUCGUGCAAGACAACUUGGCUUCGCGCCGCAAAGGGUGGAACUCGGUUCCGGAACAUAGACUAUACUUCAGUUGUCUGCAGAGCAUAUUGCUUCCAAUCGGGCUUUUUCUCUUUGGGUGGACAUCGCAAUUUUAUGUCCAUUGGAUUGUGCCAGCUAUAGCCGUGGCUAUCGCGACUAUGGGCAUCUUCUCAAUUUACCUGGCUGUGUUUAAUUACCUUGCUGAUACUUAUCACCGGUAUGCCAGCUCGGCACUUGCUGCGCAAAGCUUUUGUCGGAACAUGAUGGGUGGGGUAUUCCCUCUGGUUUCCAAACAAUUAUUCACCAACCUGAAAUUUGGUCCUGCGGCAAGCUUGCUAGGUGGUAUUGGAGCGGCUUUGACGCUUGUUCCUUGGUUGCUUGUAUUCUUUGGACCGAAAAUUCGACGUGCGAGCAAGUUUGCUAGUGAAGCGAUGGACUAA